AUGAUUGGUCUCAUAGUUUGUCACAAUGAUUGGUCUCAUAGUUUAUCAUUCUCAGGAAAGAACUUGUCUCUUUGGGAUGUCAGGAACUGUCACGUCACAGAUAAGCCCCACUAUGUCGUGACUUUCACUAUUCCUGGCCUGUCACUUGAAAGUUUUGACAAUUACAGUAAUGCAAAUAUUAUCAGCCUCAUGAAAACUGCGAUGGCAGCUAGAACAUACAUUCUCCAUCAUCCUGACCCGGUGACGGGAGACGUAUUCCUUGACUGGCCAAGAGUUACCAGUGACAGAUACAUGUUUAUGUCGUCAGCAGAAUACACCAUGUCCCGAAAACUGUAUGACUCCAGCAUUCCAAAAUGGCCUCUUGAUGCCAGAUUCUCCUUGGGAAAUGUUGGAAACUCAUCUGUGUCUUACGUAAUUGAGCUUUAUGUUCACAACGAGAAUACAGCUCCCUUGUGGAAAUGUGUGACUCAGUCAGUGUCCAUCGACACUGCUACACGGAAACCUUCACCCCUGCCAGACUGGUUCAAGGACAAGUAUAAAGGGAAAGGUUGUAUGGACAAGGGCUUCAUAAUCAGAGGGUUUGAUCGACCCUCCCUCACAUACAAGCACCAGUUGCAGGUGAGUUGGUCAGACACAGAUCACUACCAACACACAAAUUUCACCAGUUAUGCCAGAUUUUCCAUUGAUGCUCUUCAUGCGGCUAUUAGGAUGGAGAAUGGGAACACAGAAAACUCACGUUCCAACAAGGACUCACCAGCCACUAAUGCCGAUGGGCACAACCAAAGAGAAAAGGCAUCAGACUCUAGUGAUGCUCAUCCUGCAGCUUUGAAAGGCAUCACCAGGGAGAUCAUCUCAAAUGGGCUGAAAAAUAUUCAGAUUUGCUACUUGAAUGAAAGCCUGGAAGGACAGAACCUCGACGCUCACGUUUGGCAGCAGGCCGGACAGAAACAUGAAGUAUUUUGUUCUAUAGAAAGAGGCAGUGUAGAAGUUUGCCAGUUAAAGUUGGAAUACUUUGAGAAUGAUGAGUCUGAUGAUUUAAUUUAA